AUGGCCACUCGGGAAAAGUUCCUUGUGAACGUCGUGGUGAAUGUGAAGGGCGCCAAGAAGGUCAUGGCGUCCAAGAAGAAGCAGAAGAUCAGCGGCGUGGCCUCCACGAAGGCUACAAAAGCAUCGCAGGGUCCUCGCGCGAAGAAACCAAAGCUGUCCAACCUGGAACCUGAGUUUGCGCUAGAUCCGGCUGAAGCUGAGCAUUCAGGACGGCAGGUUGGACAGCCGGGCCAGUCGUAUGAGCUGGAGAACGGCUCGCAUCCUUACGGGGUGCGGCCGAUGGGGAACAUGUACUUUGAGAAGGCGGAGGUGAAUGUGAGGGAUGCUGGGCUGGGAGAACUGUGCAAUUUGAGUGACGAGCAGGUGUUGGAUAUUCUGGGGAGGCUGGACUCUAAGGACCUUAGUAGAGUGGCACAGGUUAGCAAGUCGCUGUACGUUUUUGCCCAUCACGACGAGCUCUGGCGGGCGCUCACCCUACAAGAGUUCAGCGGGGGUUUUAGCUACGCCCCAGAAGGCUGGAAGCAAACGUUUGUAACACACCUACUUAACGCCACCGCAAACCCUAACCCUAAUACAAGCAGCAGGCCCCAGUUGCAUUCUCUGCAACAAGACCCUCCAGCGAACGGGGCUAGGCAAUCAGGGAAAGAGGAAAGAAGUCUGCAGGCAAGCGCUUUAGGGACAGCAAUUGCUGUACAUAAACCGCUGCAAGUAUCAGGGUUCUAUUCAGAUUACCUCUUCCAGUCCUGGCUGUGUGCUAGCAUCUCUGUCAAGCAAGAGUGGUUAGAGCGAAGCACGGUGCCCCGUAGAAGCAACCUCUCACUCCAGCAGUUCAUCGACGAUUUUGAGCGACCCAAUCGACCUGUGAUCAUCACUGAUGUUGUAAAGGAGUGGCCGGCGUUUCAGAAGUGGGACCGGGAGUAUCUGCUGAAAGCGGUGGGGGAUGAGAAGUUUGCAUGCGGGCCGGUAGAGUUUACGCUGGACGAGUAUCAUGCAUACGGGGACUGGGCGAGGGAGGAGCGGCCUCUGUACUUGUUUGACAGCAAGUUCGGUGAAAAGGUCCCCCAAUUGGUGGCGGACUACGAGGUUCCCGAGUAUUUCCGGGAGGAUCUGUUUGGUUUGCUGGGCGACAAGCGGCCCGACUUCCGGUGGCUCAUCAUUGGGCCAGCACGAUCCGGCAGCUCCUGGCACAUCGAUCCAAACUCCACCUCCGCUUGGAACGCCGUCAUCAGGGGGUCAAAGAAGUGGAUUCUGUACCCCCCCAACAUGACGCCGCCCGGCGUGCGCCCCAGCGCGGACGGCGCUGACGUGGUCGCGCCGGUGUCCAUUGCCGAGUGGUUCAUGAACUUUUAUGACGAGACGAGACAGGGCGACGCCAUGCGACCCCUCGAGUGCAUAUGCCGAGCGGGCGAGGUGCUCUUCGUCCCACGUGGCUGGUGGCACACCGUAAUCAAUCUGGAGGAGUCGGUGGCUGUAACGCAGAACUACGUCAGCAGGCGCAACAUCCUGGAGACCCUGUCGUUCCUCGCGCGGCCGAAUGCCAAGGAUCUGGUGUCUGGGACGCGAGACAGGGAGAGCCUGCACGGGGCCUUCAAAGCAGCGUUUGAGAACAAGUUUCCGGGGGAGUUGGAACGUCUCGAAGCGGAGGCUGCCGCCGAGAAGGCGAGGAAAGAACGAAAGAAGUCGUUUUGGGAGUCCGUCACAGACGCAGGCGCGCCGGCGUUCAGUCUUGGGACGGCGCUCGCAGGGGCGACCAGUGAAGAGAAGCCUGCCGCUGCAACCGCCGAUCCUUGUCCAGGCGGCUUCAAGUUUAACUUCGGUCCGUUGAGUUGACAACAGCAGUGAACGCAUGAGUUGCCCUCGAUACAUGGGUCUGACUUUGCACGCACAGUUCUAAGUUCCGUCAAUGGCCGUAUGAGUCGACUCUUCUGCAAAGGCAGCCGAAAGCGAACAGGAAACGUCUGUAAUCCCAUGCGCAAGCAACAACCGUAUGGUCGAUCUGUCAGCAUCGAGUGGAUGUACGUUGAGAGAGCGCGUUAUGCAACUUGGCGGCUC